CCCGGAAGCCAGUUUGGCAUGAAGUGUGAAAAUAGGACUCUUAGCUUACGAUUAACGUUUAUCAAGCAACGGGAAGUGACUGGUUCAUGAAGGGACAAGGAUGGAUGGCGAUGAAGGGGGACGCACACUAGCUACCUGGUUGGAAAGUCUUGAUCUUGAACAGUACAUCCAGAACUUCCGCGAUGUUGGUAUCUUUAAUCUAAAGGAUUGUGUGACCUUGGACAGCGACUUCCUCAAUGACAUUGGCAUCAACUUACUGGGACACAGGAAAAGAAUCCUGGAACAUCUACCCCUCAUUGACAUAAAUAAAUAUCAUGAAGAGCAUGACAGAGCCAAGUCUGUACGAACAUUGCCACCAAAUCAGGAUUCUAUUUUCACGUACCCCUCACCUAGUAAAGGGGAAGUAACUUCCAAUAUUGUUCUACCAAAGAGAAGCAGAAGUGAAAAGAAGGCAAAUAAUAAGUCACAUUUGCUUGUAGAUAUGCAAAAGGACCACCCUCCUAUCUCUCCGACCACACCUACAGAUCCGCCUCAAAGGUGCUCCCCUCAAAAUGUAGCACUCCCUAUCCGUGUAAAAAGCCCUCCACCAAAUACAGCCAUGGCAACAGAAAAACAAGCUCCAAAGACAACCCCUCCAGUUCCUGCCAAGCGGGGAGAAAUUCCAGCCCUCUUGCAGGAGACUGAGAAACCAAAGGCAAAACCAGUACCAAAACCCAGAAAAACUUUACAAAAGAAACAGAUAUUGUCUACAUCAACGUCUGUGCUGCCAUCACAGUCGGACUACUCAACUCCCAGACAGAUACGAAAUUCAGUUUCUAUCUCGGGUCUGACCAUAGACGAAUCUUCUGACUUCUCUGGUGACACAUUUGAUCCUAUUAAGUCAGCUUCCUUAGAACCCACAUCAUAUCAGGCAGGGGAAGGAGUUGAUUUGUCUCUACCAACUAAUCAGCCUGGACGAGGAAAUGAUUCGUCUCUACCAUCAAGUCCUCUGGAUUUAGAUUUAAGCUUUGUUCCUAGGACAUCUUGUGAGUCUGACAGAAGAACUAUGAGUGAAGUUUAUGUAAACAUGGACAUUUUUGGCGACAAUACCAACGCAAACAAUCAUCCAAUAAGUCAUGGGAAGGAUAGUAACAGUGAUAAAAUCAUUCCUCACGGAAACAACAUGGACAACGAAUAUGCUAAUGUGGAUCUGAGUCACAAUGAGGCUAGUAUAUACGAACCUAUUUGGUUUGGGAAAAGUGCACCAAAAUCCACCAAAUCUGCUACUAGUACUUCUACCAUUGCCUCUGAUACUUCGCCUGUAUCCUCUUCAGGCAAUGAUUCUAAAGCAUCUCCACAAAUUGACAGUAUUGUUCCUGUGCCAGGAACUGAUAUGUUUGGACACUCCACAGGUUUGAGCACCAUAGGGCUGCCAUCUACAGCGACCUCUAGCAUGUUUGAUUCAUCGGAGGUAACAGAUGAGGGUGUGUACGCUAAUGUGGAACCUGCUACUCCUCCAAAGAUGGACAUAACCCCUCCAAAUACUUCCUCUGCAUUGUCAGAGUUAGAUUUAGACUUCUUCACUAAAAACACACCUACCACUUGCACAUCAAGCACCCCUAAUGUGAUUGGAACAUCGGGGCCAGGGAUGAUGACAAACACUCAGUUAAAUCUCAAUAGCAGCAUCAGUGGUAACAGUACAGGAUCGCCAGACGCAUCUUUUGAAUUGCCACCCCCAGAUUUUCCUCCCCCUCCUCUGCCCCCUCCUCCUCCACCAACAGACAGUCUGUCUAUGUUUGAUCCUCUGGCAUGUGAAUCUAAGCCCACUUUUCAUCCUGAGCCUGCAAUGCCUCCUGUUCCACCUCGUGGCGCCACGACAUCCCUAAAUUCUGGCUACGUCAAUGUAGUGGCAGGACAAACAGCACCUUCUAAUAACCCUGGGCAACCGGUGCAGUCCCCUUGGCCUUCUGUCCAGGGUGAUCUACCAGCAGAACUCUGCUUUACACCAAAUAAGGGACAAAUUUUUUCCACACAGCUUCAGAUGAACGAUUCCUCUGAAUACUGUUUUGCUACUUACAAUAAAACGCCUCAGAAAACCAAACUGCAUGAGAAUAUGAAACUACCUUCUUUGUCUACCCCAGGGCCAGACCCCUUCAAAGACGAUGACCCGUUCACUGAGUUUGGUGUGGAAUGUGCCGUGUUUAACCAGGGUGGUGAUGACCUCAGCAACACUGAUAACGAUGGUACAGUGGCAACAAGGGCAGACAACUCUAUGGGUGUUUAUGAAUUUGCCCAGGAAGAUAAUUCUGGUGACUUUGAUCCAUUUGGUCUAAAAGAAAGUAACCAAGGAGCAACAGGUGGUCCAAAGGAGUGGUCAAGCUCGGCUAGUCCAUGUACUCUCAAUGAUAUACCGCCCCCUCCCCGCUGGGACAAAGCUUUAGAUGACCCUGGGAGACUGUACUCAAUGGCUUUUGGAUAUAAUAAUGACCAGAGCACUGAUGAGUCAAUGUCUGAUCUAGAUGAGCCAGAACCUGUGGAUAGUGGAAAUAGUCCAGUCAUUCUUCCCAACCCAGUGUUGAGGCCAAUAUCCAUUGUGUCUGAUGACGAGAUACUGCAUCAAAAAAAAGGUGAACGAGCAGGUUACCUGUACAAACAAGGCGGACAAAAAGGCAACAAAGGUUGGAGAAAAAGAUGGGUGAUCUUCAAUGGAAAAUCUGUACGCUACUAUGCCAAUGCAAAGAGCCAGGUUUCCAAGAGAAUCGUGCCUGUAACAUGCAUGACGGGGGUUACAAACCAGAUUAAGGCUAAUGACACACACAAAUUCAAAUUCAAUGUCGAGACGAAGAACAGAACAUUCCAAUUUGCAGCUGAAACAUUAGAUGACUGUACUCACUGGUGUAGCUGUUUGAUGGCUGCUAUUUUAACAAAGCCCCCAUCUGAGGCCGUACUUGAGGGCGGGGAAAUGAACUAUCCUGAUAGACAGGGGUCUAUUCGGUUUGAGAGGUACCGGCGGAACCUGCAUGUGGUGUUGAAAGGGGGUCGGAUGUGUUACUACAACACACUGGAGGACUAUAAGAUAGCAUCCCCGAUCCAUGAGAUAGAGAUGAAGCUAGCAAGUGUGAAGGAACUACCAAGGAACAAGUUACGACUGGCCACUCAUUACACUCAGUUUGUGCUGGCGUUCGAGACUUAUGAGGAUUGUGUGACGUGGAGAAUGGCGAUGGAGGAGUCAAUAGCUGACGCUCUAGGGGAUAACACUAUAUUGGAACAGAUCAAAAAGAAUCCCAGUAACCACGAGUGUGCUGACUGUAGUGCUCCAGAUCCUCACUGGGCCUCCAUUAACAUGGGCAUUGUGUUGUGUAAACAGUGUGCAGGUAUUCAUCGUAAGUUUGACCUGAAUGUCUCGAAAGUGCGGUCACUACGAAUGGACACUUCUGUAUGGUCACCGAGUCUUAUUGAAAUGAUGAAACAAAUUGGCAACCACAAUGCAAACCUGUUCUGGGAAAAACAUCUACGGGCUAAGAGUGGAUUUAACCAAGACAUGGAAUCAGCACAGCGAAAACAGCAUCUAGAGAACAAAUACGAGAACCGGAAAUAUAUAGACAAACAUCCGCUCAGCGAUAACAAACCUGCUCUUAAUGAGGAGCUACUGAAGGCCGCCUCCACCGCUGAUAUUCUCCUCACGAUGAUGCUUGUAUUCUCUGGUGCAGAUGUCAAGGUUAUCAAACCAGGCACACAAGAGGAAACAGCCUUCAGCAUAGCUAAGGCAGCUGGUCAGAGAUUGCAGAUGGAACUGCUGUACCAGAAUGGUGGUGAUUUAACAGCAGCUCGGCUGUGUGAGGAACCAGAUAAGGCUAGGGAGUCAAAAAUCAGGUCUGAUGUCCGCACACAAGGAUUUCUGCUUAAGACUGGCAGUGAUAAGAAAGAUUUCCUGAAGAGGUUUUGUGUAUUGGAGCAUGGCUGUAUGCGCUACUUCACUAAUGAAAAAAGUGGAACAGCUAAGGGGGUCAUUGACCACGAAAACAUGCUGUGUGUCCAGGCUACUCCUACUGACCGGUCGAUACUGAGUAUCAAGGCACCCUUAAUAAACCAAAAAAUGGAGAUCACCAACAGGUACCCUGAGGCUUUUGAGCUGAGUACCUGUGCGUCUACAGGUAGUCGAGUGUACCUCUUUGCUGCAGCCUCACCUGAAGAGAAGAUGACGUGGAUGAGGAAAAUAUCACAGUUGAUCUGUCCACUACCGUUGAUGGAAGAUGUGCGACAACAGGACUUCUGUUUGGCUGGGAAAUUCUACGUGAAGGAAGGACUGUCAUCGACGUGGUACGAGUCCUGGGUUAUGGUCAACAAAAAGGUUGUGUUAUACACAGACAAGGAUAUGAAGUUAACAGAGGAUGUUGACCUCAGAAAAGCUGUUAAUAUCAAGUACCAAGGUGAUGCGUUGAGCAACUGUACCUCCUGUAAAGAAAGUGGGAAACACUUCGUGCUCGACUUACCUGGUGGCAGAGCCUUGUACUUCCAGGCAGACUUACUACAUGACACCGAGAGACUGUUUAAUGCUAUAAGUAAUUUGAUGAAGUCUGGUGGUGACACGCUAAUUGACCAACAACUGACUUCAGAUGAUGUGCCGGUGAUAGUGGACAAAUGUUUGAAGUUUAUAGAUGACCAUGGCCUGCAAGAGGAAGGCAUAUACAGGCUGGCUGCUACCAACUCUAAGGUUGAUACUCUGCUUGCGACGUUCGCCAAAGAUGCUCAUGCUGUGAAGCUUGAGUUGGGCACACACACUGUACACGAGGUGGCCAAUGCUCUCAAGCGGUUCUUCAGGAACCUCAAGGAUCCACUUCUCACGUCGCACCUGUAUAACACCUGGAUAGAGAAAAGUUUAGAGAAAGAUGUCGCAGGUAAGACCACAAUGACUCAGACUAAGUUAGACUGGUAUCACUACUACAUACGAGAACUACCCACGGUACACAGCCGCACCCUCCGACGACUCGUCAUACAUCUCGCCAAAUUGUCAGGCUACAGUGUAGAAAAUAAGAUGACUGUGAAAAACAUAGCUGCCAGCUUUGGUUCCACCUUGAUGAAGGCAGGAGUGGACUCUUCCACUGCCACUGCCACAGUACUGGGAGGUGCAGAGGGAGGUCAGAAUAUUCCCCACGAGAUGCGUGUGAUUGAUGACAUCAUCACUAACCAUGAACAGCUGUUUGAGCUUGAGAAAGAGAAGGAAAAUCAGAUCGCGGCCGGCGAGAAGCGCCUCAGGGAUCUACAGGCUCGGGCUAGUAAACGGGUUGAAUGCAACGUUUUUUCAAAGCAAAGUACCAUUGGCGACCCCAUGAUGGUUUCUGUACAUUUCCUCAUCCACAAUGGACAUAGCGAAAGUGUCCAUUUAAAACACGAUACAACAGUACAGGAAAUUAUUGGGCCUCUACUAACGAAGUUUAAAGUGCAAGCCUCGCCCAAUAACUAUGCCCUACAUGAGAUGGUGUGUAACGGUGCUGUGGAACGCCUGCUGUACCCAAAAGAUAAUGUCUAUACUGUGGUAAUGUCUUGGGCUGACUGGCAGAGUGACUACAGCAGAACCGCAUGUCUAUGUCUCAAACCGUCGGAGCUCGCAGACAAGUUGGAAAGCAAUUUUAAACCUGAGAAAGGUCCAUUUUUGGAGCUAAAGUUCAGCAAGAAGGACAGAAGUUUCACCAAGUUUGCUUUUCAGUUUAGAAGUAGUAAACUGACUUACAGUAAGAAGAUAAGUCAAAAGCCUGUGAAUUCUUGGAAUGUAGAAGAUUUAAGCAUCUAUAUCGGUGCUGAUACAGAACGCAAGGCAGCCAAGUUUCCUUUAACCUUCAUGAAGAAAGGAGACAAAGUGGGUUCUAAGGAGAUGCCCAACUUUGGCCACACACUGAGUUUUGGGUCUGAGAGUGACCAGCUAGAAUGGGCUGCUGCUAUGGUCAAGGCACAGAAUCCUGGACCCCUGACAACAUGAGAUUACAUCAACAGUUGGCUGUUAAGCCAAUGAAUUAUUCUGUAUGAGGCUACAAGAGAGGAAUCCCAACCCAGUGGUGCUGUCGACUUUGACCUUGAAAUGACAUUCAGCAGGAUAAAAAACUGUCGUCACAGAAUUGUCAUUCUCAAUGGAGGACAAGUGUCUGUUCUUUGUGUUCUGUUCAGUGAAUAGAUGAACGUAGCCUUCAGUGAUGAAACGUGAGGAGCAGAAAGAAAAACGAGGUUUUUUUUGUCAAACCUCAUUGUUUGCGUUUUCCCUGGAAGUUGGACUUGGUGUGCUUGACCUUGAACAGGUGUAGGAGGUGAUAAAAACACAUGUGCAAUAUGAUAGGUGUUCCUAAGCCAAGUGAUCAUUUAUAACACAGACUCAAGUUGUUGUGAAAAAUUCAUUUUAAAUGCCAAAAUAUAUACAUGUGUAGCUCUGCCUUCCCUAUAUAUAUGUAGUGAAGUGAAUGUUGCGCAAUGUUUUUGAACUUUAUGUUUUCAUGUGUGCUUGUAAUAUACUGUGCCCUUUUUAUAUAGAUCAUGCCCUUGUAUGUAGGUCACAUGCUCAUAUAUAGGUCACAUCCCUGUAUGUAGGCCCAAUCCUAUUAUGUAGGUCAUGUCCAAAUAUAUAAGUAACAUCUUCAAAUAUAGGUCACAUCCCAAUAUGUAGGCCACAUCCUAUUGUUCAGGUCCUGUCCAAAUAUGUAGGUAACAUCUUCAAAUAUAGGUCAUAUCCCAGUAUGUAGGCCACAUCAACAUACAUAGGUCACAUCCUAUAAUGUAGGUCGCAUCCUCAAAUAUAGGUCAUAUCCUAGUAUGUAGGCCACAACCACAAAUAUAGGUCACAUCGUAUAAUGUAGGUAACAUUUUCAAAUAUAGGUCACAUCCUAUAAUGUAGGUAACAUUUUCAAAUAUAGGUCACAUCCUAGUAUGUAGGCCACAUCCUCAAAUAUAGUUCAGUCACAUCCUUCUUAUAUAGGUAACAUACUUAUACAUAGACCACCCAGCUAUUUGAUGGCCACGUUUUUCUGUAGACCACACUCACCACUUUAUUCCUGCUGUAUGACAAUAGAGAUGAUGACCCAGCCUAUAUACUGUCAGCCUUAUCAGCCUUGUGUUAGCCACAAAACACACACCUUUGUACAGACUGUGUCUCUAUGUAUAGUGGUAAUUUACCAAUACUAUUUACUUACUCAGCCAUUCACCUGCAGUGUUUAUGCUUCUGUUUUGUUUAAUAUCUACUUACAAAACCAAUGUUAUAGUCUUACCAUUACCAAGAUUAUCAAAAUUGUAAAAGUUAAGUUAUGGCAAAAAA